AUUUUCUGGGGAGAAAACCAAGGCAUGGAGAGAUAGGCAACAACUUAAGUUGCUACAGCUAAUGAGUGUUCAAGUCCAGGUCUAUUUCACCCCCGACUCAGCCACACAGUCCUGUUCUCUUAAGUUUUCAGCCCAGUGGGGAAGACAAUCAUUAACCAAAGCAUCGCAUGAAUGAAUGGCCCACACAGAAUUACAAAAGGAGAUAAGAAUUAAGAAAAAGAGGUGGCUGAUCCAACUCUUCCACAAAAAAAUUGAGUCUGCGCUUCGAAACAAGAUGAACAGCCAGGUCUGUGAGAAAGUGACCAAUUCUGUAUCCUCCGAGCUGCAACCUUAUUUCCAGACUCUGCCAGGAGUAACCUGGCCGGGGUCACACCUGUAAUCCCAGCACUUUGGAAGGCCAAGGCAGGCGGACCACCUGAGGUCAGGAGUUCAAGACCAGCUUGGCCAACAUGGAGAAACCCUGUCCCUACUAAAAAUACAAAAAUUAGCCAGGCGUCACGGCAGGUGCCUGUAAUCCCAGCUACUUAGGAGGCUGAGGCAGGAGAAUCGCUUGAACCCAGGAGGCGGAGGUUGCAGUGAGCCAAGAUCAUGCCACUGCACUCCAGCCUGGGUGACAGAGCAAGACUCUGUCUCAAAAAAAAAAAAAACACAUGAGGAACCUGAGGCUCAGAGAGUAGGUGAGACUUGUCCAGAGUCAUGAAGCCAUAAAGAGGCAGAAGAAAGAUACAAAUCUAGAGCUAAGAUUUCCUUCACUCCAGAGCCUGGGCUUUCAGCUGCUCUCAGGACUACCUCGCUGUGAAGCCUGGCAUGGCUGGCACAUUGUAUAUGCCCAUUUAAGAGGCAUUUUCUUCCUCCAGAACAGGAGCCCAUCCUGGGCAGGUUCAAUGCAGCUACAGUGCCCAAGGUUUGGCCUCAAGAGGCAGGAAAAAGAUUUUGGUCUGAAUGCCAGCUUCAUCACUCACCAACCAUUGAACAACUUGGAUUUCUGAGCCUUGGUUUCUUCCCUGCUAACUGAGAAAAGGAAUAUUUAUUUAAUUCUCAUUGAUUACUACCGGGAAACAGAGAAACUCUCCAGACUUGAGCCAGCCAGGGCUUAGCCUGGUCUAUUAUCAAUGAUCCUAACAAUGAUCCUCUCUGGCUUCUGAGCCUCUGCAUGGACAGGGCAUUGGGCAUCCACCUUCUCUCAAAACCCUCCCAACAUCUGUGAGGUCACUAGGAUUCUCUCUGUUCUACAAAUGACAAAAAGUGGCUCAGAGAAGUGCAAGGACUUGUCCAAGGUCAUCCAGAGUUUGGUUCAAGCCUAGGUCUCUCUGUGCCCUUGACCCGGUGUCUUAGCGACUCAUCUCAGGGCUGUUGGAAGAAGAGACUUCCAGCGAUGUUGCUGUGGGAGCCAGCUCAUGGUCCAUCUUCUUUCUCUCUAGUAAUGACCAAAAUAGAUGCUGUGGCUGGAAUCAACUAUGGUCUGGUGGCACCUCCAGCAACCACGGCUGAGACCCUGGAUGUACAGAUGAAGGGGGAGUUUUACAGUGAGAACCACCACAAUCCACCUCCCUUUGCUCCACCAGUGAUGGAGUUUCCCGCUGCCCAUGACCGCAUGGUGUACCUGGGCCUCUCAGACUACUUCUUCAACACAGCCGGGCUUGUAUACCAAGAGGCUGGGGUCUUGAAGAUGACCCUUAGAGAUGACAUGAUUCCAAAGGAGUCCAAAUUUCGACUGACAACCAAGUUCUUUGGAACCUUCCUACCUGAGGUGGCCAAGAAGUUUCCCAACAUGAAGAUACAGAUCCAUGUCUCAGCCUCCACCCCACCACACCUGUCUGUGCAGCCCACCGGCCUUACCUUCUACCCUGCCGUGGAUGUCCAGGCCUUUGCCAUCCUCCCCAACUCCUCCCUGGCUUCCCUCUUCCUGAUUGGCAUGGUUGCAUUGCUGCAGGAUAUCAUGAACUACAUUGUACCCAUUCUUGUGCUGCCCAGGGUUAACGAGAAACUACAGAAAGGCUUCCCUCUCCCGACACCGGCCAGAGUCCAGCUCUACAACGUAGUGCUUCAGCCUCACCAGAACUUCCUGCUGUUCGGUGCAGAUGUUGUCUAUAAAUGAAGGCACCAGGGGUGCCAGGGGCUGUCAGCCGCACCUGUUCCUGAUGGGCUGUGGGGCACCGGCUGCCUUUCCCCAGGGAAUCCUCUCCAGAUCUUAACCAAGAGCCCCUUGCAAACUUCUUCGACUCAGAUUCAGAAAUGAUCUAAACACGAGGAAACUUUAUUCAUUGGAAAAGUGCAUGGUGUGUAUUUUAGGGAUUAUGAGCUUCUUUCAAGGGCUAAGGCUGCAGAGAUAUUUCCUCCAGGAAUCGUGUUUCAAUUGUAACCAAGAAAUUUCCAUUUGUGCUUCACGAAAAAAAACUUCUGGUUUUUUUCCUGUG